UUAUCUCAGAAAGUUCGGCGAUUUUGAUAAUAAUAUUUUUUUUCCCAAUAAUUUUGUAUUUUUUUACAUUUUUUUAAACGUUCCUACUUAAGUCAUUGUACAAAUAUGUAUUUUGAAAUUUGAAAACGUAUUCAUUAACAAUACUCAGCGUUUGAAGAAAUUUGAUAAGUCAAAGUAUGACCGCUCCAUUAAGAACGAAACAGUGGAGACGAACUCUAACUACUCUACAAAGCUGUCUUUCAAGUAAGGAUAUCAGAAAUCGAUUUUUAGAGUAUUUUAUCCAUGAAAAUGGUCACCAAUAUGUAAAGUCUAGUCCAGUAUUUCCGUAUUUCGACCCAUCUAUACCUUUUACUAACGCCGGAAUGUGUCAGUUUAAAAGAAUCUUCACCUCUCAAGAACACAUCGAUUGCGAUAAAGCUGCCAAUAGUCAAAAAUGUAUUAGAAUCGCUGGUAAACAUAAUGAUUUACAAGCCGUUGGUAUCGAUUCGUAUCAUCAUACGUUUUUUGAGAUGUUGGGCAAUUGGUCCUUCGGAUCGUAUAAUAAAAAACAAGCUUGCAAAUUGGCAUGGGAUUUAUUAACAUCGCCGCCUUAUAAUAUUUCUCCGCAUAGAUUAUUUUUCACUUAUUUUGGCGGUGAUGAUACCUUGAAUUUGCCAGCCGAUGAUGAAAUUCGAGAACUAUGGCUGGAACUUGGUGUCAAACCAGAUCACAUAAUACCGUGUGGAACUGAGAAUUUUUGGGAAAUGGGAUCAAUCGGUCCUUGCGGGACUUGCACAGAAAUUCACGUUGCUCUAAGCAACGAUCUAAGUUCAUCUCCCAAUUUAGUCAAUAAAAAUAACCCUUUGUUAACGGAAUUAUGGAAUAUAGUAUUCAUCAAGUACAAUAGGACAGAAAAUGGCACGAUAGAAGCAUUACCUGAAGAAUUUAUUGAUACUGGAAUGGGAUUUGAAAGAUUGGUUGCUUUGCUACAAGGAAAAACGUCGAAUUACGAUACCGAUUUAUUUACGCCGCUUUUUCAAACAAUUUCAAAGACUUGCAAAACACGAGCCUAUAGAGGAACAUUUGACGGCAACAAUUUAGAUUCGUCUUACCGAUAUUUGGCUGAUUUUAGUCGUAUGAUCACGGUUGCGAUUGCGGAUAAUGUUUUCCCCGAUGUCAAUCCUAAACUGAAACGAGUUCUUCGCAAAGCAUUAUUAAUUGCUGAAAAAAGAUUCCAUUCUGAAUGCCCGCAUCUUCUUAUUGCUGAAUUAGCCAACGUUGUCGCCAAUUCUUUGCAGGAAACUUUUCCAGAAAUUGGAGAAAAUUUACAUCGGGUCAAACAUGUGGUAGAAAAUGAAGCCAAACAGGUGCAAUUUUUGGAAAAGAAUUCUCGCAAGCAAUGGAAUGAAUCGCUGUCAAAGUAUCCAGCUUUGAAAAAUUACUCAUUCAUAGAAUACCCAGGUUUACCAACUGCCUACAGCUUCCUGAUGGAUCAAAUUUCCACUAAUGAUUAUAAAACUUGUUUACCGUCUCAGUUAAUCGUUAAUUUAUACAUUACUCAUGGCUUAGAAAGUGAAAUAAUCGAAGAAUUAUUGAAACCCUUAGGGCUAAAAUAUAACCACGACGAAGUUAAAGAUUCGCUUCAACAGUUCAGAAAUUUUACUAAGAUGCAACGACAAGAAUCUUCUUUUUUAACGUUAAAAUCUUUUUCUAGCAGUGCUUUCACGACUGAUGACUCAUUUAAAUAUAUUUCUGAAGAAAGUUCGGAUCAGAGCACAGAUUUUAUAUGUCCAGAUGUGAAUGCUACCAUUUUGGCUGUAGUUUUCGACGAUGAAGUCGUUGUUACUGAAAAUGACCAGUUAGAGGGGAAAAUUUCCAGUUGGCAUGCUGCUUCAUCAAAAGAUAACUCACCACAUACGAAAAUAAUCGGUUUGAUUACCGAUAAAACCAAUUUUUACACUACCGCCGGUGGCCAAUGUCAUGACACCGGAAUUAUUAAGCUGCCAAACAGAGGUGAUGUUCUCCUCAAUGUGAAUAAAGCCGACAAAUUGAAUAAUGCCGUCGUUCAUUUAUGUGAUUUAAGCCAGUUUCAAGGAGAAAAUUUCACUUUGCCUUUUAAGAUCGGUGAUAAAGUUACCUUGGCAAUAGAUAAUGGUCGAAGAUGCCGGAUUAUGAGAAAUCAUACUGCGGUUCAUUUAUUGAAUGCAGCUGUUAAAAAAUGUUACCCAGUUUCUCAUUUUAAAAACGGCUAUGUUGAUGAUGAAAUGAUUUCUACAACGUUUGCUGUGUACGGAUAUUCAUACUCGAAUGAAGAUUAUCGCAAUGUAGAGAAAGCUGUAAAUAAUUUGAUAUCAGAAGAAUUAUUAGUUGAUAGACGUACUACUUCAUCUACGUUGGAAGUACUAAACCUACCCGAUGUGAAUUUUACUCCCGGGGAACAUUAUGAAGCAGACAAUAUUCACGUAAUAUCAAUUCUGAAUGACGAAGGAAAAGUAGUUUCUAGAGAAUUAUGUUGCGGAACUCAUCUCGACAAUACAAAAUAUAUUCAAAAGUUUUGCAUAACAAAAUUGAGCUUUUCAAAAGCCCUGUCUUCUCUUAUUGUUGAAGCUGUGACGGGUGAAAAAGCGAGAAUUGCUAGUCAAUACGGACAAAUGAUACGAGAAAAGUCGUCCUCAUUGAUUCGCAAGAUUGAUGACAUCCUUAGCAAAAACUUAGCUCCUGUUAAUGAGAUUAUUGACGCGUAUGAAGAUUUAUCAGCGCUAUUAUUUGAAUUGAAAUAUAACAAAGAUUCUGUCAAAGAUACUCUCCCUUGUAGCGCCACCGAAGAUUUCCAUGUACUGAAAACUUUCCAAAAGAAGAUGAAUAAAGUAGUGUCAUCCUUUUCGAGAGAAAUGGUGGCCACCGAAUUAUCAUCUUUGCUUGCUGAAAAUUACAACCAGUGUGAUAAACUAAUUCGUUUUUUCGCUUUGAAACACGAAGCUUUGAGAGAUUAUGAUUUUUUAUGCGAAUUAGCUACUCUUAGUGAAUUAGCUUCCAAUCAAAGGCGUCUCGUUUUAUUUAUAACAUACGCUGAUGGCAGGAUUCGAUUCUUUUCCUAUGUUCCUAAAGAAAAAAUUACUGAUAAUUUCAACGCUCAAAUUUGGUUGUCGUCAAUUUUAAGCAUUACACCAGUUCGAGUCGUCGAAUUAGAAGAUCAUAACAUUUCUUAUUCAUUUCCGAAAAAAAUGGCCGAAGAAGACGUUUUACCGUUUGUCGAGCCUAUUUUGAAAAGAGCGAAAUCUUUACCGAGUUAGGUCAAAUGUUUAAUUUCAAUAUUCCUUUGAGUAGUGUUACCUACCAAUAAAAAAUAUGAUCAAUAAAA